AAUGGGCAGCGGAGGAGGGGGGGUCACGCUGAGGACGCGGCAUGAACUAACUUUCCGUUGUCGUCUCCCUCCCCGGCAGAAAGUUGGACACCAUACCCCGGGCCGAACUUCACAAAAUGUGUCUUUUCCUCUCCAGAUUUUCCUUGAAACCUUAUGCCACCUAAGAGAGAGGCGGGGGCGACUCCAUCCCCGACGCCGGUAAAGAUGCUAAAGCUCAACACGGUCCCACUGGAGGCUGGUCCAAUGGAGGAGUUGGCCGAGUCCACUUACUCUCCAUUUCUCACCACCGAGGAAUUUGACGGAAUUGAAGGCGAAGCGAGUCCAGGCGUCCGAACCGACACCAUCAGCCUGCUGAUGAAGAUAGAACAACUGCAGGCCCAACUGAAAUAUGAACGCAGGUGUCGAAUUCUGGCUGAGAGAGAACUGAGGGAGAUGAAAGAGAUGAACACUCUCAUGGUGGAGAUGCGACAAACGGCUCACGAACUCCGAGCCACUCUGGAUCACGUCCUCCAAAGUGGCGACCCGAUGAUGGCGCCGCACAACUCCCAAGACGAAAGCAUCAGCUUCCUGUCGGAGCACGAGGCUGACAUCGUAGCGGUGGGCGACGGGCCAGAGGACAGCAACAACUACCUGUACCUCGCAGAGAACCUCCGCGUUCCCAGGAGUCUUUACGAGCACAUCGGCGAAAUCGCGGACUACAAGAAGUACACUUCGGCGCUGCUCAUGAUGCUUUUUGAUAGAGAGACGCUGGCCACACACUCGCUGCAGGGCCGCAGGAACACUAUGAGUGGGGAGGACUGCCCCAAACCCCAGCUCCCACCUGAGAUCCUCCGGAGUAUCAUCGAUCACGUGGCGGUCAAGUUUGGCGUGGACAGCAGCCAGAUCAAGACGGCCAUCCGGACCAAGUUAAACAAUGAGGACAAAUUGCUGAAGAAGAGAAUGGGCUUGGUCAAAGUGGAAAACAAAGCCAGCUUACCUCUGCCCGACAAUGUGUCGAUAUGAUUGAUGCCAGUCAGCUUUGGCCUUCAUCUUGUCUGCUCGUGUGUGUGCUGUACUGUAAACGUGUGACAGGUCGCCUCUCCUAAUCGACAUUAUUCACUUUAGUGCUUGAAUUAGGUUAUUUUUACAGUAAUCAACUUUUUUAAAAACUUGGGACGGCUCUCAUUAGACAGUAUUACGUUACCUGGAGAGCAAAUAUAUAGUGCUUUUAAAGCUCACGUGUGAUUUUGAGUGGAUAGAGACUAGAACGUUCUCAUGUUAGGCUUCCAUCUUUUGCUUGGCGGCUCUGUCGAAAAUCUUUUGUUAGCCAACAAGAACACUAUUGACUUUAAUGGUUGUCCGGCCCAAGAGGGGUCACCUCCUUACUUACUCAAUUUUAAAGUUUAACCUCAUCUUCAACAUUCGGAUCAGUACUGUCAUUUUUAAACGAAAGAACCCUACUUGUUUUGAUUUCCGAUUCAAGAUGAUUGGUGUCAUAUUUUUUUUUCUUUUUAAUGAGCACCUUUUGGUCCAGUUUUAAGCACAAUUUCUUAAUAAUUGGUAAACGUUUAGAUUCACUCGUUGGAUACAUUAGGAUGUAUAACAUGUUUUGAAUAUCAGCUAAUAUACAAUACAAAAUCCUCCUUUACAAAGAUCAUAAUGCUCAGUUUUGACUGAUACAGUCAGAGCACAACUUUAUUAUUGUAUUCUACCCAGAUACAUUGAUGUCUUCUUUUGUUCAAAGGGUGCAAGAGUUGAUGAAAAUAAUUGAGCAUCUUCCACACUAGGUAGCAGCACUACACUCCUAAGAAUGUGCAAGUACAACCCCAAUUCCAAUGAAGUUGGGAUGUUGUGUUAAACAUAAAUAAAAACAGAAUACAAUGAUUUGAAAA